ACCCUGUUAAAAAGGGACAAUAAAUAGUUUAAAUAUGUUCAUGUUUGAUAAAAUGUGAUUAAAAGUAUUAAGAAUAAUAUUUCAUGAAGGUUGAUAAAGUUUGUUUAAAAAUAGUUUAAUAAAUAAGUUUAAAAAGUUUAAAAAGAUUCAAAUAUGCACUUUAAGAUAUUUCAUGUUAUUUUGAAAAGUCUCAGGGUUAAAGAGGAAGUACCGAUUGAGAAAAGUGUAAUUCUGGUAAUUAAUUGGUUAAGAUCUGGCUAAACAGGAAGUGUGUGUAUUUUGUUGUGUGAGCGAGAAAACUUGACAUGCAAGAGAGAGCGCGCGAUACGGAGCAGAGAAGGGAGAACUGCCUGGCGUUUAAUAUGUUACAGUAAAAAAAUAUGCAGAGUACGGACACUGUUUAUGAAUAAUAGGUAGAGAUAAACGGACAGUGAGUCUCAAAGGACUGUUAUUCAGUGCAGCACCGUGUUCGAGUUUAAAGGAGUACUUUGGCAAAGAGUGUUCAACGAGGAGCACAGCUAACAGCUAAUGUAGCUCACAUUAGCUUAGCUACGGACUUCAUCUGCGUGCAGCUAAACCAGCUACUCAACUGGUGAAGUUAGCCUGCGGUGUGCCGGACCUGUUCAGUGUGAUCUGCGGUGAGUUCUACCGGGAGAGUGGGAGAAGUCAUCUGCAGCCGACGUGGCCGCAACACGCUGGUCCUGACAGGAGGAAUCGUCUACCUCAUCCCAUGUAUCAGCAACCCGCUGGUAUCGCACAGGGGACGAGGAGUACGCCAUUACGGCAGUGAGUUGCCAUCUGUUUUAUUUCAGCGCUUUAGCGUGAAGCAGCCAUUUUGUUUCUGGCUACAACGCACACAAGCAUCGCUUCAGGCCUGCAUCAUUAACACUGGGUACCCAUAUCCUUUUCAGCUAGUUAUAACUGCCGGCUUUAGGUGUGUUUCAUUAUUUGGUGGUUUUAUAAUGAGUGCACUCAAAAGGGGUAUUUGAAUAUUAAGAAAUUGAUCAUUUAAAAGGUACUGAAAAGUCUUUUGAACUUGAGUGUUAUAUUUGUGUUUUAUUUUCAUUAUUAAAAGAAUAUUUGUGUUUACAUUUACAACAGUAAAUCUUUAAAACUUACUUUUUUCUUGUCAUUUGUAUAAGUGUCUGAGAAAUAGUACUGUUGAUGUUUACCGACAUAUUGAGAGUACUUUUAUUUCAAUUGGCAAGUGUUUAGGAGAAAGGUAUAAACUUAAAGGAUACUUUAAUUCUUAUUUCAUUUAUCUACAGUUUUGAUUAAAAACAUUAAAAAUUAGUAUUAAAACAUUCAGUGAGUAAAUAAAAGUGUCUUACAUUAUAGAAUAAAUAGAACUUAGUUCACCAAUAUUAUAUUACAGUGUACUUGUCAUUCAGUAUUAGUUAAUCUUAAAGAAAGAGAUUUCUAAAACAUAAAGAACUUGGGAAGCGUACCUCAUAAAAAUAGACCAGCCGUCUAGAGGGCGCUACAUAAAAUGGAGGCACCGCUGGGAUUGUGGGUUAAUUAAUGCUGAAAUUGGUGAUUUGUGACUGUAAAUUUCCUAGUGUGUGAACUAUUCAACUGUGAAAAAAAAAAAACUAAGAAAGACAAACAAAACAAUAUAUGGUGAUAUUUAACUAACAGCAGCUAAAGUGUCACAAUGUACAGGAACCAGCUGAAGAACUGGUGUCGAGGUGAAAACCUGGAUGAGAGCCAUGCCUUGCUGACCAUCGUUCCUGAGAAGACAGAAACAGCACACAUAGUAGAGACUUUGCAAACUGUAAAGUGCUUGGGACGGGUACAAGUGAGAGGAAGAAUGUUAAACGAAACUACAAAUGAAGUGCUGGUGCUUUGCGAGUGCAAAGAGAAAUUGACUGAUGCAGACGUCCCAAGUGAAGUUUUGAGCUCAGAUGGACAAACUGCAUGGAAAAUAUUCACUGUGGCUCAGAGCUCAGACCCUGAGUUGGACUUUAACCGUAAACUGCAUGCUCUUCUACAAGCAGAAGGAAAGUCCACAGAGGAUGUUCAGGCCUUGCUGACCCCGCACAUACCUCCCUCUACAGAAGCCAUCCUUCGUGCUGUGGGCGAUCUGUUUGAUAAGACUGUCAAGCCCUCAGCAGAAAGUGGAGGAUACCGCCGCCUGCGGAUCUUUUCCGGUAUUGUGCCUACACCAGCAGGAGAGGAACAAUUCGACCACUGGUUAGAGCAAGCUUACCUGAUGGUUGAAGAGAGUGAGGGUUCUGCUAAAGACAAGAGGAGAAAGAUAAUGGAGAGUUUAAAGGGGCCAGCUCUGGAAGUGAUAAAAGCAGUGCGUCUCUCCAAUCCUGACAUUGCCCCUGACAAGUGCCUGGAGGCUCUGGAAAACGCCUUUGGAUUAGCAGAGUCUGGAGACGAUUUGUAUUUCACAUUCAGAAUGCAGCAGCAGCAACCUGGUGAGAAGCUAUCUGAUUUCCUCAGGAGAUUAGAACGUUGCCUGUCCAAAGUGGUACAAAGAGGUGGUCUCACUCCCCUAGCCAUGGAUGGUGCACGGCUUGAGCAGCUUCUGAGGGGUGCAGUUAAUGCUGAUCUGAUGUUAAUCCAACUGCGACUGAGGGAGAGAAGAGCUAAUCCCCCAACUUUCCUUGAGCUCCUGAAAGAAAUUCGUUCAGAAGAAGAAUAUGAAUCUUCUCGAGCAAAGCUGAACCAUUCAGUGUAUACAGUUCACACCAAGCUUCAAGAAGAAAACAAACACUCAGAGAUACAGAGUUUGAGAGCUGAAAUUAAAGAAGUGAAAUCAAUGUUUGCUGCGCUCUCUACACGGGACAAAGAGACACAAAAUGAGAACUUUCAAACUAAAGUGAGAAAUGUCCCAGAGACUAAUGCUGAUCCAGAAGUGAUAGCUCUGAGGAAACAACUGAAACAGUUACAACAAAAGGUGAACUCCAGAUUACCUCAAUCGUCUACACCUUCUCCCACAGUGAUGACUGUAAACACUCAAAACAGACAAGGGGCUGAGACAGAAGAGCGUUUCUGCUAUCGCUGUGGCGAAAAUGGACACAUGGCAGGGAAGUGCAAAAACCCUGAGAACCAAAGCAAAGUGAUCCAAAGACUCAUUCAAGCUCUCAAAAAGGCUAAGACCCAUAGCACUCAACCUACUACUGAUGUCCCCUCACCCAAAACUGACUGCACUGUGAGGAGGAGUGUAGUAGAUCAGCUUGCCCCAACAGGCAUACCAGAGGGUCUAAUAGGGCCACCAUCUUUGGAGCCUCUGAAAGUUAAUGGACAUUUGUGUGAUGCAUUACUCGACAGUGGCUCAAGAGUUAGCAUCAUCUUUGAAUCCUGGUACAGGAGACAUCUUGCUGAUACUCCUAUUCGCCCAGUAAGUGACCUUAACAUUUGGGGUUUAAGUGACUCUGAUUACCCUUAUCUUGGCUACGUGGCAGUGGACCUAGAGUUUCCCAAAAAGGUAGCGGGUACCCCAACAGCCCUGUCAGCCCUGGCUCUCAUUUGCCCCGAUCCACCUGGUCCUGAUCAGACACCUGUGAUCCUCGGGACAAAUACCAAGGCUAACCUAUCCAAGCGGCUAGCCCAGCUGCGUGACGAUAGAGUUGAAGGCACUGUAGCCCACGCCUUUGGCAUACAGAACACUUUCCCAGAAACAGUGAAAGAAAAAGCCAUUGACUUGUCAAAUGAAGAGGAUGACGAAAUAGGUUGUGUAAAGUUGGAGGGUCGAAGCUCACUUGUCCUACCUGCAGGUGGCAGCAUUAAAGUAGUCUGCAAAGUGGUGCUUGAAAAGUCCCUGCCAGAUGACAUCUUGAUAGUAGAGGCCUCCAGUACAGCUACUCUCCCAUCAGGCGUCAUGCUCCAACCUAUGGCAAUACCCAGUAAUGCUGUGGACAUUAACCGGCUGACAGUUGUGGUUCAUAAUGAGUCGCAGAAAGAAGUGACCAUUCCUGCCGGUGCUGUCCUGGGUCACCUGUGUGUAGCUGAUGUGGUUACCACAGUGCCAAAACAAAAGCCAGAGACUGAGGAUGCUUUUGAUGUCAGAAUGAUCGACUUUGGUGAGUCACCUGUCCCCGAAACAUGGAAAGCAAGGCUCAGACAAAAACUGUCUGAAAGAGCAGAUGUAUUCUCUCUUCAUGAACUAGAUGUGGGACUCGCCAAAGAAGUGGAGCACACGAUCCGCUUAUCUGAUUCACGACCCUUUCGUGAACGCUCCAGACGCAUCGCCCCUGCGGAUAUUGACGACGUGAGGCGUCAUAUUCAAAAGCUACUAGCUGCAGGCAUCAUUAAAGAGUCCAGAAGUCCAUAUGCAUCGCCCAUAGUGGUUGUGAGGAAAAAGAAUGGGGAUGUAAGGAUGUGCAUUGACUACCGCACACUAAACAGCCGCACUGUACCAGAUCAAUACACUACCCCACGCAUCGAUGAGGCUCUUGACUGCCUGUCGGGUAGUAAAUGGUUCUCAGUGAUCGACUUAAGAAGUGGUUACUAUCAAAUAGCCAUGAAAGAAGAGGACAAAGAAAAGACUGCCUUUAUCUGCCCUCUCGGGUUCUACCAAUUUGAGAGGAUGCCUCAAGGCAUAACCGGAGCUCCUGCAACCUUCCAGCGCCUCAUGGAGAAAGCAGUUGGAGACAUGAACAUGCUCCAAGUAAUAGUCUAUCUGGAUGAUCUGAUCAUAUUCGGAAAGACCCUGGCAGAACAUGAAGAGAGACUCUUAAAGGUGCUGGACAGACUCAGAGAAGUAGGGCUCAAGAUUUCACUUGACAAAUGUCAGUUUUGCCAAACAAAGGUCAAGUAUGUGGGUCAUAUUGUGACUGCUGAGGGUGUUGCUGCUGACCCUGCAAAAAUCGAAGCUGUGACCACUUGGCCCCAACCUUACAAUCUCAAGACCCUACGAUCCUUUUUGGGUUUUUGUGGUUAUUAUAGACGAUUUAUCCACAACUACUCCUCCAUCGUCCGCCCUUUGACUGACCUCACUAAAGGUUAUGGCCCCCCUCAGCGUAGCAAAAAGCCAGUAAAAGGGAAGAGAGAUGUUUAUUUGGAUGAGAAGGAGCUGUUUGGAGACAGGUGGGACGAGUCAUGCACUGAAGCCUUUGAAAAAAUCAAACAGUGUUUGACAAACGCCCCUGUGCUCGCCUUUGCAGAUCCUGAUAAGCCCUACACACUGCAUGUCGAUGCUAGCCUUACGGGACUGGGAGCUGUGCUUUAUCAGGCAUACCCAAAAGGCUUGCGACCAGUGGCGUUCGCAAGCAGAAAACUGAGCUCGUCAGAAAAAAACUACGCCAUCCAUCAGUUAGAGUUUCUGUCGCUGAAAUGGGCAGUUGUGGAGAAAUUUCACGACUAUCUCUACGGAGCCCACUUUACUGUGCGUACAGACAACAACCCUCUAACUUACGUCCUGACAUCAGCAAAGCUCAACGCCACAGGACAUCGGUGGCUGUCGGACUUGUCAGUGUACGAUUUUAACAUUAUCUACAGACCAGGUAGAAAUAACAUUGAUGCUGAUCUGUUGUCACGCAUAGAGGCAAGAGAUGAGGAGACGGAAUGGCAGAGCAUCUCGCAGGCUGGAGUCAAGUCAAUAUGCCAGCGAGUCGGUGUUCUUGGCCCAUCGGCAGACUCCCCCAAGUAUGCUGAGCAGCUUGGAGCUCCACCUGACUGCAUUCCUGACGUGUAUGCUUUCCCCACACGUCUUCAGCUUAACUCACUGGAACAAAUGUCCAGGCAGGACUUAAUGGCAGCCCAAGCCCAAGACGGCUUGAUAGCACCCACCAUACAAGCUUUAAAGUGUGGCAAGUGGAAAGACAACCCAGAGUUACUCCCUAUGAAAAGAGAGAUGGGUAAGCUAGUCAUGACUGACGGGUUACUACAUCGGGUGAGCACAUGCCACACAGGGAAAAAGACACAGCAGCUAGUGCUACCUGCCAAGUUCAAAGCAUUAGUACUCAAAACCAUGCACGAUGACCUUGGUCAUUUAGGAGUGGACAGAGUCACUGACAUGAUCAGGAGCCGAUUCUUCUGGCCAAAGAUGUCAGUCGAUGUAGAGCAAUAUGUGAAAAACUGCGGAGAGUGUGUGCUCAGGAAGACUCCAUGUCAAAGAGCUGCACCGUUACAUCAGAUAGUGAGCUCUGGACCUAUGGACCUCGUCUGUAUUGACUUCCUGUCUAUGGAACCUGACUCAAGAGGAGUGAGUAAUGUGCUUGUCAUAACUGACCAUUUUACGAGAUACGCCCAAGCUUUCCCCACUCUCAAUCAAAAAGCUCUCACAGUGGCAAAAGUCUUAGUGGAAAAGUAUUUUGUACAUUAUGGCUUGCCAUCUCGUAUUCACUCUGAUCAAGGCAGAGACUUUGAGUCUCGACUCAUUAAAGAGUUGUUAAAGAUACUGGGCAUACAGAAGUCAAGGACCACCCCUUACCACCCCCAGGGUGAUCCCCAACCUGAACGCUUCAACAGAACUCUGUUAUCCAUGUUGGCCACACUCAACCAAGAAAAGAAGCGGCAAUGGAGUCAGCAUGUAGUGCACCUGGUGCAUGCAUACAAUAGCACCAAGUGUGACGCCACGGGAUACUCCCCGUAUAUGCUGAUGUUCGGCCGAGAGGCUCGACUCCCGCUGGAUGUAUGCUUUGGGACAUGCCCAGAUGGCAAAGUUGACCAACCACAUUCUGCAUAUGUUGCCAAACUGAAAGAGGAUUUGCAGACAGCCUAUAACCUGGCCACAGAGGUCUCUAACAAGAGACACCAGCAAAAUAAAAAGGCAUACGACAAGAGACUUAGGUUCCACAAACUAGAACCUGGCGACAGAGUAUUGCUGAAAAACCUUGGAUUGAAGGGAAAACACAAACUGGAAAAUCGCUGGUACAAUGUCCCUUAUGUUGUAGUGGAUAAGUUGCCAAACUUGCCUGUUUACAGAGUAAAGCCACUAAACGUCAAAGGGAAGGUCAAAACAUUGCACAGAGAUAAUCUCCUUCCCAUAGGAGAUCGAGUGAGGAUACCAGUGCAGGAGGAAAUGGAGAAUGUUCCAAAGAGACCUGUGACUCGAAGUCGUGUCCCCAACCGACACGAAAGAAACUCCACAGAUCACACUGUACAAAGAGAAAGCCAUACCUUGAGUGAUUCUUCUGAUCUGGAGUGUGAAUGGCCGACCAAACCCUAUAGGGAGUUAAUGGGAAAUCUCUUGCGAAGGAGAGAAAGACAUAGUGCUGAAGGAUCAGAGCAGUUGGAAGUCCUCAGUCCUUCAGAAGAGAGUCACUCAGAGAGAGACCACUCUCCUGUAGAGCAUGUUCCAGAUGUCCCUCAAGCAACCGACUCUGAGUCAGGACCACUCUCCAGUGAAGAUGAGCAACUACCCUCGAGCUGUUCUAAUGUACAUGUGACACCAAAGCCAAGUAGGCCAAAAAGAUCAUUGAAACCAGUUGUAAGACUUACCUAUGAUGAGCCAGGAAAGGCCAAAGAUCAACCCAUUACCAUUGUACAUAGAGGGGUUACUAUAAAAAUUGGUAAGCACUAAGCUGGGUCUCAUAAUCUCACCCUUAAUACUUUGAGUAGAAACUUAAGUUAAGUUUUGUAAUCUGAUGAGGACAUCAGACGUUUAAAGGGGGGAGGGUGUAACCCUGUUAAAAAGGGACAAUAAAUAGUUUAAAUAUGUUCAUGUUUGAUAAAAUGUGAUUAAAAGUAUUAAGAAUAAUAUUUCAUGAAGGUUGAUAAAGUUUGUUUAAAAAUAGUUUAAUAAAUAAGUUUAAAAAGUUUAAAAAGAUUCAAAUAUGCACUUUAAGAUAUUUCAUGUUAUUUUGAAAAGUCUCAGGGUUAAAGAGGAAGUACCGAUUGAGAAAAGUGUAAUUCUGGUAAUUAAUUGGUUAAGAUCUGGCUAAACAGGAAGUGUGUGUAUUUUGUUGUGUGAGCGAGAAAACUUGACAUGCAAGAGAGAGCGCGCGAUACGGAGCAGAGAAGGGAGAACUGCCUGGCGUUUAAUAUGUUACAGUAAAAAAAUAUGCAGAGUACGGACACUGUUUAUGAAUAAUAGGUAGAGAUAAACGGACAGUGAGUCUCAAAGGACUGUUAUUCAGUGCAGCACCGUGUUCGAGUUUAAAGGAGUACUUUGGCAAAGAGUGUUCAACGAGGAGCACAGCUAACAGCUAAUGUAGCUCACAUUAGCUUAGCUACGGACUUCAUCUGCGUGCAGCUAAACCAGCUACUCAACUGGUGAAGUUAGCCUGCGGUGUGCCGGACCUGUUCAGUGUGAUCUGCGGUGAGUUCUACCGGGAGAGUGGGAGAAGUCAUCUGCAGCCGACGUGGCCGCAACACGCUGGUCCUGACAGGAGGAAUCGUCUACCUCAUCCCAUGUAUCAGCAACCCGCUGGUAUCGCACAGGGGACGAGGAGUACGCCAUUACGGCAGUGAGUUGCCAUCUGUUUUAUUUCAGCGCUUUAGCGUGAAGCAGCCAUUUUGUUUCUGGCUACAACGCACACAAGCAUCGCUUCAGGCCUGCAUCAUUAACACUGGGUACCCAUAUCCUUUUCAGCUAGUUAUAACUGCCGGCUUUAGGUGUGUUUCAUUAUUUGGUGGUUUUAUAAUGAGUGCACUCAAAAGGGGUAUUUGAAUAUUAAGAAAUUGAUCAUUUAAAAGGUACUGAAAAGUCUUUUGAACUUGAGUGUUAUAUUUGUGUUUUAUUUUCAUUAUUAAAAGAAUAUUUGUGUUUACAUUUACAACAGUAAAUCUUUAAAACUUACUUUUUUCUUGUCAUUUGUAUAAGUGUCUGAGAAAUAGUACUGUUGAUGUUUACCGACAUAUUGAGAGUACUUUUAUUUCAAUUGGCAAGUGUUUAGGAGAAAGGUAUAAACUUAAAGGAUACUUUAAUUCUUAUUUCAUUUAUCUACAGUUUUGAUUAAAAACAUUAAAAAUUAGUAUUAAAACAUUCAGUGAGUAAAUAAAAGUGUCUUACAUUAUAGAAUAAAUAGAACUUAGUUCACCAAUAUUAUAUUACAGUGUACUUGUCAUUCAGUAUUAGUUAAUCUUAAAGAAAGAGAUUUCUAAAACAUAAAGAACUUGGGAAGCGUACCUCAUAAAAAUAGACCAGCCGUCUAGAGGGCGCUACAC